ACCACUGAUAAUCUCAACCCUUUGAAACUCGAAAAUCGAAAAAUUUAAAUUUUUAAUCAUGAAAGUUUUUCUUAUUUCGUCUCGAAGAAAGUGAAGCUUUCUGAGCUUUUUUUUAAAUAAUAUGGAUUACUUGAAAGAUUCUUUCCAACUCUGAUACUUCAUCUGUAUCGAAAUGCCACCUCGAAACAGAACUCUAUCCAAACAGCAACGUUCAGGCAAACAAUCGAAAGAUAAAAAGGAAAAAAAAGUGCCCGAUGAAGCAACUCUAAGAAAGAACUAUGGAAACUCUGGCACUGAAGAACCUGCAGUAUUCUAUUUAACACCUACAGUCGCAUUCAAAGCUAUUUUCUGCUUCAGAAUUAUCUCAGCGAUUUGGCUCCAUAUAAGUGAUCCUGAUGAAACAUUCAAUUAUUGGGAACCUAGUCAUAAUUUAUUAUUUAAUUACGGAUUUCAAACCUGGGAAUAUACGCCGGAAUACGCUCUCAAGUCAUAUUUUUAUUUAUUAAUUCACGCCGUACCUGCCUGGAUAUAUUAUGAACUAUUUCAUCCUACUCGUGUACUCUUGUUUUACUUCAUUCGCUGUUUUUUGGCGGCCAUUUGUACCUUUUCGGAACUACUUUUUUACAAGGGAGUUUGUCGAGAAUUUGGUAUUCACAUCGGACGUAUGACUUUGAUUAUUCUGAUAUUCAGUCCUGGAAUGUUCGUUGCCGGCACAGCAUUUUUACCUUCGAGUUUUUGCAUGUAUAUUACAUUUUUAAUAAUGGCAUCGUGGUUUUAUAAAAAACGAGCUUUGGCUGUGUUUUUGAGUUUCGUGUCUGUAUUCAUAAGCUGGUCGUUUUCGCUUCUUGUUGGGUUACCCAUUGGUUAUGAAAUGGUUGUGCUAAAAAAAAAGAGACAAACAUUCCUGAAUUAUUUCCUGUUAUCGUUUUUAACCGCUUUGGUACCUGUUCUUGACACUGAUUCGGCAUAUUAUGGAAAAUUAACCUUCGUAUCGUGGAAUGUGCUAAAACAUAGUUUUUCCAACUCAGCGAAUCCUGAUCCAUUCUACAAACCUUGGUAUUUUUAUUUAGUGAAUGGAUUUUUAAAUUUCAACGUAUGUUUCGUCCUUGCCUUGUUUACACCGUAUUUAGUGAUCUGGAUUCAGAAAAUUUUACCCAAGAAACCUCGAAACGAGGACAGCUAUCCGUAUAAAUUAUCGCUCGGUGUUCUAUAUCUGUGGUUAUUGAUUUUUGCCGCACGAACUGCUAAGAAAGAACAGUUCUUAUUUCCGGUGUAUCCGUUGAUUGCGUUGAAUGCAGCGGUCAGUAUCGAUGCUUUGCAAGUUUUAUGGUUCAAGUACUUUAUUAAAAAAGGAUACCACUACACGCGAAGCACUAUCAAACUCGCAUUUAUGAUCAUAUUAUGUUAUUGCGUUUUGGGAUUAUCAAGAAUGAUGGCUUCUUAUAAAGCUUCUCACGCAACCAUGGAUAUUUUUAUCCAACUGAGUAACGUUAACAAGAAUUUGACUGGGAAAACGAACGUCAAUUUGUGCAUUGAAAAAGAAUGGGAACGAUUUCCCAGUUCGUACUUUUUGCCCGAUAAAUGGAAAAUGAACUUCAUUAAGCCACCAUUUAAUAACGAAAUACCAGGGUAUUAUGUCGAAGAUGAAGCUCAAAUGGCUAAAUUUAUUGGAAAAGAAAAAUCAAUCUAUGUGGACAUAGAUCAUUGUGAUUAUCUAAUCGAUUCAGACAAUAAAGCAGCAUCUAAGAAUGAAUUUUUGUACUCUUCUCAUCGUAAUUGGACCGCUAUUUAUUCUUCUAAAUACCUCGAUGAAAGAAGCCCUUGGUUGAGUCGGUCAUUCUAUAUUCCAACUAUUUGGGAAUCGAAAUGUAAUUUUGUGCCGUUUCAUCUACUCAAACGGAACAGAUUUCCAAGAAAAAAAUCGAAAUAAAAGGACUGAAGCUCGAUCUAUAUGAUAAUGAAGAAGCACUGAAAACCUUAUCGAAUUUAAGUUUUGUGAUUCAUUUUGUGACGAAUUCACUUCGUCAUAUUUUGCAAUUUUAUUCUAGUCAUAUCUAGUCAAUGAGAUACAAUCGCAUUUUUUUUAUAGUUUAUUAAUUGUGAUGUGUAGCAGUGAAACAGUGAAAUGGUGCAGGUCUCGCCCAAUCUUGUUUUUUUUUUUCGUAUUUAAUUUCACCUAAAAUUACUUAUAUGGAGAUAUACGAUCGAAUAUGCACUGCCGAAAUAUUGAUUCAAAUGGAUCAUUUCUUUUUUCACAAAAAUGUGGGUAAUGGGCGAGGUCAAGGUUUAGGUACCUGUAUCUUUCAUCGCUACACGUUUUUUUUUCUAUUGGUGUGAAAUCACAUUCACAAUUUUUUUAUGAUUACCUACUUAUUUUUAAACAAACGAUAAUAAAUUUUGUAAUUGAUCAAUUGA